AUGUCUUCGGACCGUGACGAUAUGAGAAUGAAGGAGUUUAACGUCCCGAUGCCGCCGAUGUCACCACCUCCACGGCCGCCGCCUCCUCAGAACCCCAAUGCUCACUCAAACUCUGGGACCGUCGCGAUUGCUAGCUACUGUGGUGCAUCCAUUCUCAUGACUGUUACAAAUAAAUAUGUCUUGUCUGGAUAUGCUUUCAACUUGAACUUCUUCUUGUUGAUUGUGCAGUCCGUGGUGUGCGUGGUCGCUAUUGAGGUCUGCAAGCGGAUGAAGAUUAUCACAUAUCGUGAUUUCAACAUGGACGAAGCUCGAAAGUGGUUACCGGUAUCUUUGCUCUUGAUUGGUAUGAUCUAUACCGGAUCGAAAGCCCUGCAAUUCCUCUCGAUUCCUGUGUACACCAUCUUCAAGAAUUUGACUAUCAUCAUGAUUGCCUAUGGCGAGGUCCUGUGGUUUGGUGGCUCUGUCACCCCAAUGGCUCUCCUCUCCUUCGGUCUCAUCGUCUUGUCGUCUAUCAUUGCUGCCUGGGCCGAUAUCCAAGCCGCUCUCUCCGCCAGCUCUGUUCAAGCCGCUUCUCAAAUCUCCACCUUGAACUCUGGCUACCUGUGGAUGUUCAUCAACUGCCUUAGUACUACUGCGUAUGUUCUAGGCAUGCGUAAGAGGAUCAAGGUUACCCAAUUCAAGGAUUUCGACACUAUGUUCUAUAAUAAUCUCCUCAGUAUCCCGAUUCUUCUCGCCUGCACUUUCCUUCUUGAAGACUGGAGCACCGAAAAUGUCAACAAGAACUUCCCGGAGGAGACUCGAAACAAUGUUAUGAUUGCCAUGUUUAUCUCUGGUCUCUCAUCCGUUUUUAUCAGCUAUACCUCUGCGUGGUGCGUACGUGUUACAUCGUCUACAACUUACAGCAUGGUUGGUGCUCUGAACAAGCUACCUAUCGCUAUUUCCGGUCUCAUUUUCUUUGAUGCCCCGGUUACCUUCUUCUCUGUUACCGCUAUCGCCGUUGGGUUUGUCUCCGGUAUCGUCUAUUCGAUGGCGAAGAUUCAACAGCAGAAGCAAGCCUCAACACUCCCCACCAGCGCGAGCAGUGCCAGCCAGCGCGAUGGCUUGCGAAAGAAUUAA